UUUUGCACAAGUUGAUUAUCAAAGGAUACAAAUUUGAUCCUGCAUCAUUCAUGCCGGUGGUUGAUGACUUGGGUAAACGAGGAAACAAGCACGAGGCUGAUGAACUUGCAGAGAAGAUGUUGGAGAUGGCUUCAGAUGGUAGAGUGGAAAACAAGAUAUCUCGAAAAGAAAAGGAAUCAAUCCAUAGAAAAGGAACAAAGUAUGGUGGAGAUGCCUGGCAAACAAUAGUGCACAGGGAUGAUGGAAGUGGAAUCGCUUUGAAAUCCCUUAAGGGGGUACAGAAAGGUUGGGGUCAGGGAAGUAUACCGAGUUUGCGGCCCCAGAAAAAUGAGCUUUUUGAUUACUGGUGAAGUUGGUUGUUUAAGUUCCCAUUUAUCAGAAGAUAGGGGUGGAGGUUACUGGUCAUUAAGCAAGGAUUAAUUUUUCAUUCAUGGAGGAUUUCCUAUG